AUGUCCUCCCGGGCGCUGCUGCUGCUGCUGCUGCUGCUGCUGCUGCUCUUCCUCGGGGCCGCCGCUGCGCGCCCCGCGCCCCCCAGGGCCCGACGACACUCGGACGGGACGUUCACCAGCGAGCUCAGCCGCCUACGGGAAAGCGCGCGGCUGCAGCGGCUGCUCAAGGGCCUGGUGGGCAAGCGCAGCGAGCAGGACAGAGAAAACAGCACAGCCGGGUCCAAGCCCAUAGAGGGCCAUUUCUGCCUGCUGUGGUCCCGAGCGCCCGCUCUGCUGCCCUGGACGCCCCUGAGAGCCCCCCUGUAUCGGACCUGGUCUCCCUGGCUGCUCCCUGGGCCCAGGUCUGGGGUUAUGAUUUCAGAACCAGCAGCUGCCACUGCUAAAGGAACCCUGCGGCCCUGAUAAGGCCCUGAGGGGGAAGGAUCCUC